AUGUCGUCAGACUUCUACACCAGAGAUGAUCUGGUGGAGAGGGGGCCCAUCCCCCUGGACAUCGACAACGUCCACAUCCUGCUGCAGGUGGAACAAGAACAGAUCCAGAAGAAGACCUUCACCAACUGGGUCAACGCUCAGCUGGCAAAGCGGAGGCCUCCAUGCAUGGUCCUCGAUCUCUUCAAUGAUUUCCGUGACGGCUCCAAACUGUUGGACCUGCUGGAGGUGAUGUGCGGCCAUCGCCUGAGCCGGGAGAGAGGCAGGGGGAUGUUUCAGCACAGGAGCAACAUCGAGAAAGCUCUUUCCUUUCUGAAGCAGAAAUCGAUCAAACUCGUCAACAUUCACAUUCCUGACAUUAUGGAUGGUAAACCGUCCAUCAUCCUGGGUCUCAUCUGGACAAUUAUCCUACAGUAUCAUAUCGAGGAGUUGGCCAGCAGCCUCAAUUUCAGCUCCCGUCAGUCCUCCAUGGAGUCUUUGAACACCUUGGACUCGCGCUCCUCCCUGUCCAGCCGCUCCACCAGCAGCAGUCCGGUUCCUCCACGAGGGUCACCGCUCCACCAAAAGUUCAGAGUUUCUGCAAAGAAGGCUCUGCUGCUCUGGGUCCGGGAACAAUGCCACAAAGCUGGCUGCACAUUAAACGUUAAAGACUUCAAAGCCAGCUGGAGGAGCGGGGUGAUCUUCCUGGCGAUCCUUUACGCUCUGAGGCCGGACCUGGUGGAUCUGUCCAAAGCCAGAACCAGAAGCAACAGGCAGAACCUGGAGGAGGCUUUUCACAUCGCUGAGAGGGAGCUGAGGAUCCCCAGACUGCUCGACCCAGAUGGUGAGUAG